UGCAUAUUAUUUUAGGGUACACCAAAGUUGAGGACUUUAUAUAAAUGUGGGUGUGGGGCUGUUGAGUCUUUACAAGGAGUGUUGGUGAGACUUUUUAGCAUUAGUGGAACUUGUUCAUAGCUAGUGGUCUUGUUUCCCUCUAGUUAGUGUAUGUGUGUGAUAUGGGCAGGCAACCUUGCUGUGAUAAACUUGGGGUCAAGAAAGGGCCAUGGACAGCUGAGGAAGACAAGAAACUGAUCAACUUCAUUCUCACCAAUGGCCAGUGCUGUUGGAGAGCUGUUCCUAAGCUUGCCGGACUCCGGCGAUGUGGUAAGAGCUGUCGUCUUCGUUGGACUAAUUAUCUUCGCCCUGACUUGAAGAGAGGCCUUCUCAAUGAAGCUGAAGAGCAAUUGGUCAUUGAUCUUCAUGCUCGUCUUGGCAAUAGGUGGUCCAAGAUUGCUGCUAGGUUGCCCGGAAGGACAGACAACGAGAUCAAGAAUCACUGGAAUACCCACAUCAAGAAAAAGCUUCUUAAGAUGGGGAUUGAUCCUGUUACACAUGAACCCUUCCAUAAAGAAGCCAAGACCGAGGAAAGUUCAUCUAUAUCCCAGACUGAUAAUCUUUUGCCGGAAUCUGGCAACAACAACAACAACAACAGUAGUAUGCAAGAAAAUGAUGGCAUCGCUAACUCGGAGGAAAAUUCAAGCUCACCGCAGGAAAAUUGUUGUAGUGAUGAAUCGAUUUUGUUAAAUAGUAUUUGCAACGACGAAACGUUAUUGAAUAGCUUGUGGAUAGAUGAGCCUCCUCUAGUUGACGCAUCAUGGAACAAUAAUAAUCCACCUGCAACGGAAAAUACUAAUAAUGGAGAAAUGGGUUAUCCAUAUCCAUCCUGGGAAGAUAAUUGCACAUGGUUAUUGGAUUGUCAAGAUUUCGGAGUCCAAGAUUUUGGGUUUGAUAGCUUCGACAACCUGGAAUUUAAGUCGCUGAACGCAUUAGAGAUGGAAGACAAGCACUAGAACAUACGUAUGGUACGUAGUGAGAAAACUUUUAAGGUUCAAAUGCAAGGGAAAAAAAGAAGAAAAUGGUACAGUAAGAAACAAAGUAUCAUCAUGCAUGUGCAGCUGAAGUUAGGUUCUAAAAGUGCUGAAUUUUAUCAAUUAUGCAUCAGAUUACUGUUGGAAGGGUCGAAGAAAAAGCUGUCUUCUUUAGAGGUUUCUCACCAACCAAGUCAAAAACAGUGAAAAAAAAUAUCAUUAAAUUACAUUAUUCUUCUUGGUCCUUUAUACCAAAGUUGUAAUCUUAUGUGUAAGAGAUAGGGACACGUUUGGACUAUUGUCUAAAAAGAAAAUGCUAGUGGGCUUUUCAGAAAAUUGUAACGUUCGUAUAUAAAUGUUGUAUGAUAUUGCAAAUAAUGAAGUGGAUAAAAUUAUAUUAUUUGUGUA